AACACAGGGGCAGUGCUGACAGAGACGGAGAGAAAGGGAGACAGGGAAGCAAAGUCGAGCAUUGAGAAGCAGAGAGGCAGAGACAUUGAGCAAUGAAGAGGAUUCAACUUUGACUGAAUUAAAAACGUUUCUAUAAAGAGUCCUGGGGCAUUAGUUGAAAAGAAAUUCUGAUUUUACCUUUGAUCCAGUCAUUAAACUGACAUUUCUGCACAUCAUGGAUGGAGAAUCGCCCAGCCAGGAGACAUCUGGGUCUACAGAUCCAACCAGCCAGACCGACACCAACAACAACAACAACCAGACAGAUGAGCCACAGCUGGAGGAGAGUAUAGACCCAGGGAGAGAGCCUCCAGCAGGGGAGACAGUGGAAGGUCAGGCGGUAAUGGAGGUGGGGGAGAAGGGGGCGGAGGAAUCAGUACCAGAGCAGGGAGGAGAAGAGGAACCCAGAGAUCCAGACAAUCCCCAGAUUCCUCCAUUAAAGACUGUCGAAGGGGAUGCUGAAGACGCUGAGGACAAAGUCUCCGCUGAUGCUGACGUUAAGGAUCCUGAAACAACAAGUGAAAAAAAAGAUGGGGAGGAAGAGAUGACGGAAGAUGAGAAAGGUGAGAAAGUGAAAGAGGACAAACCAUGCGAGAAAGAAAGAGAUGGAGAGGAGAUGAGAGACCAAACCAAAGAGAAAAAGACGACAGAGCAAAAGGCAAAAGAAGCAAAGAAGGAUGUGAAAGAAAAAGCAGCAAAAGGGGCAGAGAAGAAAAAACAAGUCGAGGCAGAUGUAGAAACAACAGACAGCGGAAAAAUGAAGGAGGUAGAAAAGCAAGGGAAGCCAAAAAGAAAAGGUGCUCCACCCUCUUCUUCUGUCUCUCGACCAAGACAGACCGCGCGCUCAAUUAGAGCAGCCGCUAAAAAUGACAUAAUUGCCAAAUUCCAGCAAGGUGCUCCAGAGACACCAACACCCCCCAACUUCAAAGUUCAGAGGUCAUCUUCAGGUUUGGCUACAGGAAACACAAUCAAACAGAAGAUGCUUCAGUGGUGUCGCAGCAAGACUCGCAACUAUGAGGGUGUCAACAUAGAGAACUUCUCCUCCUCCUGGUGUGAUGGGAUGGCGUUCUGUGCUCUGAUCCAUCGAUACUUUCCUGAAGCUUUUGACUUCAGCACCCUGAAUCCAAAGCAGAGGAAGAAGAACUUCACACUCGCCUUUCAAACUGCAGAGUCCCUGGCCGACUGCUGCCCUCUGUUGGAAGUGGAGGACAUGAUGUUGAUGGGUAAACACCCGGACCCCAUGUGUGUUUUCACAUAUGUCCAGUCUCUCUGCCACAACCUCUCCAAAAUAGAGAAAGAGAGGAAGGACAAGGAGGAAAAGGAAAAGGAGGAUAAAGACACCAAGAAUGACAAUGAGGGAGGGGAGAAGGAGAAAGGAGAGGUGUCCCCAGAGAAGGACAGGGGAGAGUCACCUGCUGAGAACAGUAUGAUAGAGAGCCAAGAGGAGAAACAGGAAGAAAUUACAGAGACAGAGGGUGCUCAGGAGGAAGAUAAAGCACCAAACAAAUGUGAGAAUGAUGGAGAUGGUGAAGUGGUAGUCGAAGGAGACUCCUAAAAAAACACUGACAGCGAACAGAAAGACUGGAGACCAAAGGAUUGUUGACGGUUGUUUGACUUCAAUGAUUAUGUCUUAGUUUGAUGUUGGAUUAACUACGGGCACUGUGUUAUUAGAUGUAUGUUUGAAAGUGCACUAUGCUUAUGCUUUGUUUUUGUUCCACGUGUUUUGAGCACAUGAAUCAGAAAUGUUCUGUUCCUCUAUUUGCUGUGUGUCUAUAGACAUAUUUAUUAAAUGAUGGACUUGUGAAAAUUGAUUAUGACAACAAUUGAUUAUGACAAAAAUAUAAUGAAGGACAGGUUGUCUUUUCUGCCAGAAAGCAUUUUGUGCUACAAUUUUUUUUACAAUUUUUAAAGGCUCUAUUGAGAAGUCUUAAAUAGCCUAAUUAAUGAAAGUCGGUGAGAAAUUGAUAAAUGUAUUGAAAAGCUUAAUUAAAAAGAGUAAAUAACACUUAA